UGUCAUAUCUCACUAAAUUUCGUCGUAGCGCAGACUUGUUGUGGUCUUGUCUUGUGGUGGUCAGAGUUUUCGAUUUUUGCUUAAUCACUAUUGUGUAAAUCUAUCAAUAUAAAAGCACAUUUUUACGUCAUUGCUUAGUAAUAGCUCUGUAAACCUUGACUCGUCCACCUACGUCUACAAGAGUACGAUACACUACUACGUCUACAAGAAUACCAUAAGAAACAAGACAAUGGAGUUUCCUCAUAUUGGCAAGAAUUGUUCUUACAAAUCUUGUAAUAAACUGGAUUUCUUACCUAUGAAAUGUGGCACUUGUCAUGAAUUAUUUUGCUCUGAUCAUUUUGCAUAUGCAAAACAUGAGUGCCCUGAGCCAAAUACUCGGGAUGUGCAAGUACCAGUGUGUCCUCUAUGUAGUGCUCCGGUCCCAGGCAGACGAGGUGAGCCUCCGGAUGUGGCUGUCGGAGCACACAUAGACAACCAAUGUACCUCGGACCCUGCAAGAGAGAGGAGAAAUAAGGUGUUCACAAACAAAUGUUCGUACUCGGGCUGCAAGACGAAGGAGAUGGUGGCGCUGGUGUGCGCGGCGUGCACGCAGAACUACUGCCUGCGACACCGGCACGCUCAGGAUCACCAAUGCGAGGGCCGGCUGGCCGCCAAGCGGAGGCAGGCUGCGACGGCGGCAAUGGCGCGUCUGAAAGCCGCUGAGAACAGAGUAACCCCUCCCCCCGCGCCGGUUACCUUCACGCAAGUGCAGGGGAACAUGACGGAAGACGAAGCGUUGGCGCACGCAUUGGCGCUGUCCCUACAAGACCAGAAUUCCAAUAUUCACGAGCGGGACAAUAAUUUCGCGCGAGCCCUCUCCAGGCAGAGGGUGGGGGGAGAACAGAAUUCCAGGUGUAGCGUGUCUUAGUUCACCUGUAAUAUUACAUGGGACCACCAUUAUUAACUUACCCCGAGCGAUAUUAUAUACUUGAAAUGGCGUUAUAUAAUGUCGUCCGGGGCUUAAACGGUUAAGUUAGUGUUGCCGCUCGAUACCUCACUAUCGAUAGCUCCUAAUUAGGACAUUAUUAUUAUCGAUAGUGUUCAUUCUGGGCUAUCGAAUGUUCUAGACGUUAGUCUGUAACAGCUAAAGGUAUGAUUAGUACGAAGUAUUCAAUCAUACCUUUAGCUGUUUUAGUUAUAUUUGCUAUAUGUAAUUUCUUUAUAUUUCUUUAACAAUAAACAUUUCGAUUGUUUAUUAUUUGAAGUUACAGUAGCAUCAAAACUAUCGAUAGUGUUGGUUCUUCACAGCUAGCGAUACUGUCCAAAGCACUGCAUCCUAUGAUUUUCAAGCUUAGCUGUCGAUAGUGACAUUAUCGAUUUUGGUAACACUAUAUUAAACCGUGUACAGACUUGCGACAGCCUCUACAAACAAAUGAACGUGCCGUGUGUGCCUAACCUUAUGCCUGUCUCAGGUGCGUACACGGCUUUAUUUCUGGCAACUUGUUAAUAAGGAAUUGACAAACAACAGACAAACAUGAUUAUUUUUUCCUAACGACAAAAUUUACUUUAUCCGCUUGCCGACUUACGAUAAAGUUUAAAGGCCACACGCAUGUAUAUUUAUGCGCUAUAACAAGUCACAAAAUAUGACCCUUAUUAAUCAUUAAUAAUAAGGGUCAUUUUUUAUGAUCAAACAAGUUAUUUUCCUGACAAAACUACUAUGAAUGAACAAUGAAUCACGUAUUCACGGAAACGUCGUUAAUGUUAUUGGAUUUAAUGACAUCAGAUAUAAAUUUCAGUUAAUAAAAAAAAAGUUAUUUUGGUUAUUAUUGAAAAUUAUAAUAAGAUAGUGAGUAGACCGAAAAUGGUUACAACGCCGGUGCCAUUUUCAGUGUUCAUUCAUUGAAUACAUAAUGGAAAGACAGAAGAAAUAAUAAAAUAAAAAAAAACAUACAAAUUGGCGUUAAAAGAAAGAUUCCAACCCAUUCUUAAUAAAUAAUUUAAUUCAUAAUUUCUGUUGUUCAAAUAUUUCUUCUUAGUCGAUCGGUCAUGACCAACCCGAACAAUAAAAAUACUAAAAAUAUAAAUUAACUUUUGGUGUCUUUGGGUACUGUAUUUUGAAAUCAUUCUUUAAUAACACCGAUUUGUAUGUACUCAUGUUUUUUGCAUUAAUAAUUAAUAUUAAUUAAAAAUAUUAUUUUCUUUCUUCCCAUUAUCCCGGCUCCAGACAAACGCGGAUCAGUUCGUCAAACUGCCGGGUUCGGCAUACAUUCCUGCGUUAAACAAAAGUACUCAUACAAACUACGCAAUGUUCAACAUUCGCGCCGGCACUUGCCAGAGUUCGUGCCGGCAUUACGUGUUUGAUAUAUUUUUUAGUCUGUGUUGCUUUUCCUGUUGAAUUGAUCGUUUUUUGGGACGCUUUAGUUUGAUAGUACCUGUAGAUGUUCGAUUUUUGUUUUAAAGAAUUGAUAGAUAAGAAUAAACAUAUCGGUGCGAAUUGUUAUAAUAUUAGUUACGUCGAUUUACCAAUGUCAUAUAGGCUGGUAUAUAAAUAACCUUUCUGAGUAACUGUGUGUAUAAACAAAACAAGCUAAAUUUAUUAAUUUCAGCCUGCCUUUAAUUAAACUAUUAUUUUAUAAAAAAUAUACUUUAAGCUAAAGUAUGUUUUGUCUUUCUUUCAUUCCAUUGUUAAUAAUUAAUUUAAUUCAUAAUUUCUGUUGUUCAAAUUGUUCUAAUAUUAUAAAUGCGAAAGUUUUAGCUGUGAAAGCGAAACAGACAGACAGAUAUCUGUCUGUUCCGCUUUCACAGCUAAACUGCUGAACCGAUUUUGAUGAGUUUUGGAAUGCAUGUAGUUAACACAUUGACUGCUGCCCGCCUGAAUGCAUGAUGCGUACAUUUUCCUAAGAACGAAAAUACGCAGCGUAUGUUUUCAGCACUCCAAAGUGUACACAUAUACUUACAUAUUUUAUUAUAAAAUCCCCUAAUGAUGGGGGUUGAUUUUUGAAAUAAAUAGUAGUCUAUUGAUAUAAUGAGAGGCGAAAGUUUAUACGAAAAUCGUGUCUGUUCCGCUUUCGCAGAGAAAUUACACGCGGACAAAACAAAAAGCUAGUUUCUUUAUAUUGUUUAUUAUUAUAAAGUGCGCAGUGGCAAAACAUACUUGAGUUUAAAAUAUGCUUUAACAUGUUUAUGAAUAAGACGGUUAUACUCUUCUCAUCACAUUGUAUCCAAAGUUUUUAACUUUUUGAAUUAUAUAAAGCUGAGAGCAAACGCACAUUAUUAUAAUGUUGUAACACCACAAAAACAUGAUUGUCAAUACAUUUGUCCAAAACUUUUCAUGUUACGAUUAAUCAAUCUGUGUAUUUAUUUUAAGCUAAUCACCAUGUCUCAAAUUUCAUGUGUUUUUGUGGUGAUGCAAGCGAGAAUUUUAAUUCAGACAAGUUGCUAUGCGAUGCAUCAUUUUCAUACUUGCUAUAGGUACCUUCCCUAUACUCUGCUAUAGACGACACAUAUUUUUUGAUAUGUACAAGGCUUUUGUAAAACAACUUUAGGACAACCAGAAGUAGGUAGAUGAAAUUUAUCUUGCAAGAUGUCAUUACAAACAUAAAAUGAAACAUGUAAAAUAAAUAUACUUACAGAUAUCGCAUUUUCGUGUUUCUCUCUUGCAGUAAUCCAUUAUGCUUUUGUCUGAAUUAAAAUAUUUUUAGUAAUAAAUAUGAGACGACACCUAGCUUUGUGCUGUGUUCACAUUCGAAUUAAGAAUUAAUAAUUUUAAAAUGUUCACUAUUUUUGAGAUAAUUGUUAAUACAUAAAUAUUCCAUUACAA